AAGAGAUUGUAUGUAAUUACAGUUAGCGAAUAUUGUAUGGAAUAUAGAUACCCUCGUGUAGUGGUUUUCCUAACCUAUAUCGAGUUUCGUAUUCAUUUGCCAAAAGUUGAACGAAUUGACACGAGGAGAGAUUAACGCGUCUUAAUAAUAAAUAAUCAAAUUUCGACUUGCGGUCUGGAUAUGUCAAGAGGGAUACAUUAUGGAAACUGCGUCAGAAAGUAUUUCAUGUUACAAAAAUACACAAACUCCCAUUGUCUUUGGAUGCGACGCGGAGUUUAUGGAACUUCUGCGUUCUCACAUGAAUCCACGAUUGAUACAAAUGCAAAUAAAGAAGCUUUCGUAAAGCAAGGACCGAUAAGGAAUAUCAAAGAUGGACCUUCUUUGAAGGAUUUUUUAAAACCGUCUAUUAUCGAUAUUCCCAAUGAAGAACCUGUUCCUUAUGUGCAGGAUAUUCGUGGAGAAAAUCAAAAAGUGUACUUUGAAAUUUAUGGUUGCCAAAUGAAUGUAAAUGACACUGAUAUAAUAUGGUCGAUAUUGAAAUCUCAUGGCUACAAACAUACGCAAAGCAUAGAUGAUGCAGAUAUUGUAUUGCUUGUUACCUGUUCCAUCAGAGACAAUGCUGAGCAAAAGGUAUGGAACAAGUUGGAGACAUUGAACGGCAUAAGAAACAAGAAAAAGAAAAUGUUUAUGUCAUCUAUGAAGAUUGGACUCCUAGGAUGUAUGGCCGAACGCUUAAAGACUAAAAUAUUAGAGAAGGGUAAGUUUAUAGAUGUGAUAGCAGGUCCUGACAGUUAUAAGGAUUUACCAAGACUCUUAGCAGUAACAGAUAAUGAAACGGCUAUUAAUGUUGUAUUAUCAUUUGAUGAAACAUAUGCAGAUGUGGCACCAGUUAGACUCAAUCAAGAUUCUAUUGGAGCAUAUGUUUCUAUAAUGAGAGGUUGUGAUAACAUGUGCACUUACUGUAUCGUGCCAUUUACAAGAGGGAGAGAAAGGUCUCGACCGGUUGCGAGCAUACUCGACGAAGUUCGACAAUUAUCUGAUCAAGGUGUAAAAGAAAUAACUCUCCUUGGUCAAAACGUGAAUAGUUACAGAGAUUUGUCACAAUCGGAAUUUGUUGUACCCACUGAUACAGAGACUCAUCUUGCUAAAGGCUUCAAAACAGUAUAUAAGAAUAAAAAGGGUGGUUUAAGAUUCAGUGAUCUUCUAGACAAAGUCUCUUUGAUUAACCCGGAAAUAAGAAUAAGAUUUACGUCGCCUCAUCCCAAGGAUUUUCCCGACGAGGUAUUGCACUUGAUAGCCGAAAGACCGAAUAUUUGUAAGCAGAUUCACCUACCCGCUCAGAGCGGCAAUUCCACGGUUUUAGACAGAAUGCGAAGAGGGUACACCAGGGAAGCAUAUUUAGACUUGGUGUAUCAUAUACGUAAUAUUUUACCAAAUAUAUACUUCUCCAGCGAUUUCAUCGCCGGGUUCUGUGGCGAAACCGAAGAAGAGUUUCAAGAUACGUUAUCGCUAAUAGACGAAGUGAAAUACAACAGUGCCUAUUUAUUUGCCUAUAGUAUGCGCGAAAAAACUACAGCGCAUCGACGAUAUAAAGAUGAUGUUAAAUUGCAUAUAAAAAUGGAGCGCUUGAAUCGCAUGAUUAAGUUAUACAGAAAGGAAGUAGAAAAAUUAAACAAAGCACAAAUAGGGCAGCAUCAACUCGUUCUUGUAGAAGGCCCAAGCAAGAGAAGCAGUGAACACCUACAAGGUAGAAACGAUGGCAACGUAAGAGUUAUAUUACCAGCUACAGUUACUCGAAUUAGUCGACAUUUAGCCACAACAAGGAAGAUACAGCCUGGUGAUUAUGUUGUUGUACGAAUCGACAAUGCCACUUCUCAGACUUUACAAGGAAUACCUUUAUAUUGUUCUUCUAUUAUUGAAUAUUCGUUAGACAAAGAUAAUAAUUGUGUUACAUUUAAUCAGUAGGAAUUAUAAUAUCUACAAGUUAUACAA